AGGAAACCCGCCUCUUAUUGCUUGACUUUUUGCUUUUUCAAUAAGACUACGCCCAACCCAACACUGCAACUUGGAAAACACUUAUUAUUAUUAACUCCUGAAAACUUCAAAGAAAAAGAAACACGGGAGAUUCCACAAUCCCAAACUCAAAUUUAAAAGAACAAACGUAUCACAGCAAGCAAAAUAGAAUUUAGAAUCUCUUCUUCUUCUUCUUUUUGCUCUCUUUUUUUCCUUUUUUUCUUUUCUAGGAAAUGAAAUCCUUCUCUGCUUACAAACAUUCAUUAUUAUAAACAAAAUAGAAUAGAAAGAUAGAGAGAGAGAGGCGUGAUGGCGGUGCUAUUGCAACCUGGUCAACCGAGUUUAUGGGACUCGGUCCUCCAACUCACCAAGUCUGCACAAGAGAAAAACAGCGACCCUUUGCUUUGGGCGAUUCAACUCAGUUCCACUCUCAACUCAGCCGGAAUCGUAUUGCCCUCCACCGACCUAGCUCACCUGCUCGUCUCCCACAUCUGCUUCGCUAAUCAUGUUCCUAUCACGUGGAAGUUUCUCGAGAAAGCAUUGUCCCUCAAACUCGCACCUCCUGUGCUUGUCCUCGCUCUUCUCUCUACUAGAGUGCUUCCAAAUCGAAAGCUACACCCAACAGCAUACAGGCUUUACGUGGAACUUGCUAAGAGACAUGGUUUUUCAUUUGCAUCUCAAAUAAAUGGCCCAGACUAUCCUAAGACUAUGAAAUUGCUAGAUGAUGUUCUCCAUCUUUCCCAUAUAUUUGACCUUCAAGUAUGUGAACCCGGGCUUCUGUUGGUGGCAUUUGUCUUUUCAAUUGUGUGGCAGUUGCUUGAUGCAUCAUUGGAUGAUGAAGGGUUACUGGAUCUUACCUCAGAAAAGAAUUCUAGAUGGCUUAUCAGCCCGCAAGAUAUGGAAAUAGAUGGUCAUGAAAACUUUGGUGAGAAAAGAAGUGAACACCAUAAGGGGCUGCUAAAAGUAAAUACUACAAUGGCAAUUGAUCUAAUUGGAGAGUUUCUGCAAAACAAAGUAACUUCAAGGUUUCUCUACUUGGCACGCCAAAACAUGCCUUCAUACUGGCGGGGUUUCAUUCAUCGAAUACAACUGCUUGCAGCAAAUUCAGCAGCCUUGAGGAAUUCGAAACAUAUAAACCCAGAGAUACUUCUGCAGUUGACAUCUGAUACACGCCGACUGUUGUCUCAGGACCGCAAGAAAAUAUCACUGGAAGACUUUCAUUCCGUAAUGUCUUCUGGAUCUCUGAUAUCUUCUGCUGGUCAAUGCCAUGGGGCUAGUUGGUCUGUGCUUUGGCUUCCAAUUGAUCUGUUUCUAGAACAUGCAAUGGAUGGAUCACAAGUAACAGCAAUCAGCGCUGUUGACAACCUAACUGGUCUUGUAAAAGCACUGCAAGCAGUUAAUGCUACCACAUGGCAUGAUACUUUCCUAGGACUGUGGAUUGCAGCUCUGCGGCUUGUCCAAAGGGAAAGGGAGCCCAGUGAGGGCCCGGUACCUCGAAUUGAUACCUGCUUGAGCAUGUUAUUAUCUAUUACGACAGUUGCAGUGGCUAAUAUUAUUGAGGAAGAGGAAGGUGAACUGCUGGAUGAAACUGAGCGUGGACCCAUUAACCAAAUCAAAGAAAAACAAGGUCUCGGAAAAUGUCACAAGGGUCUAAUUACUGCAUUACAGUUGCUGGGUGAUUACGAUAGCUUGCUGACUCCUCCUCAGUUGGUUAGUUCAGUAGCCAAUCAAGCUGCUGCUAAAGCUAUGCUCUUUAUCUCAGGCAUUAGCAGUGGUAAUGGCUAUUAUGAAAGCUUAAGCAUGAAUGAGAUGCCUAUUAACUGUUCCGGAAACAUGAGGCACCUGAUUGUUGAGGCUUGUAUUGCAAGAAAACUAAUAGAUACAUCAGCAUAUUUUUGGCCAGGGUAUGUUACUGCACACUCCACCCAGAUGUCUCACGGUGUCCUUAGCCAAGUACCUGGUUGGUCAGCAUUAAUGAAGGGUUCACCUCUAACCCCCUCAAUGAUAAGCACUUUGGUGGCAACUCCAGCGUCCAGCUUACCAGAGAUCGAGAAAGUAUAUGAGAUUGCACUCAAUGGUUCUAAUGAUGAGAAGAUAUCUGCUGCAACCAUACUUUGUGGGGCAUCUCUUGUUCGUGGUUGGAACAUACAGGAACACACCAUGCUUUUCAUUAUAAAGUUGCUGGCGCCUCCCAUUCCUGCAGAUUACUCUGGGAGUGAGAGCCACUUGAUUAAUUAUGCUCCACUUCUGAAUGUUCUUCUUGUAGGAAUAUCAUCUGUCGAUUGCGUACAGAUUUUAUCCUUGCUUGGUUUGGUUCCAUUACUUGCAGGUGUGUUGAUGCCUAUCUGCGAGGUCUUUGGUUCAAGUGUUCCCAAAGUCUCAUGGACCCUUCCAUCAGGAGAAGAAAUAUCUUCUCAUGCAGUGUUCUCCAAUGCAUUCUCACUUCUGGUGAGAUUGUGGAGGUUUCAUCUUCCACCUCUUGAAAAUGUGAUGGGGGAUAAAACACCAGUGGGCUCCCAACGAGGCCCAGAGUAUCUCUUAUUAUUACGAAAUUCUCAAUUAGCGUCUUUUGGAACUUUGCCUGGUGACCGUAUCAAACGUAGGAGAUACUCGAAAAUCUUAAAUAUAUCUUUGGACCCCAUAUUCAUAGAUUCUUUCCCAAGAUUGAAACUCUGGUAUCGGCACCAUCUGCAAUGCAUUGCUUCCACAUUUUCUGGUUUACAUGGCACUCCUGUUCAUCAGCUUGUUGAUGCACUCCUCAAUAUGAUGUUCAGAAGAAUAAAUAGAGGUGUUCAGUCUUUGACUUCUGCUACAUCUGGAAGCAGUUCUUCAUCUGGCCCUGGAGCUGAGGAAGCUUAUGUUAGACUUCAAGUACCUGCAUGGGAUAUUCUAGAAGCUACUCCUUUUGCACUUGAUGCGGCCUUGACUGCCUGUGCUCAUGGAAGAUUAUCCCCCCGCGAACUUGCUACAGGACUUAAAGAUCUUGCUGAUUUUCUACCCGCUUCAUUGGCCACCAUUGUCAGCUAUCUUUCAGCUGAAGUUACACGGGGCAUAUGGAAGCCAGCUUUUAUGAAUGGAAGUGAUUGGCCUAGCCCUGCUGCAAAUUUGUCCAAUGUUGAGCAACAGAUAAAGAAAAUACUUUCUGCCACUGGUGUUAAUGUCCCGAGCCUUCCUGUAGGGGGCAACUCUCCAGCUACACUUCCUUUGCCAUUAGCUGCGCUAGUAAGCCUAACGAUCACUUAUAGACUAGAUAAAGUAUCUGAACGGUUCCUCGUUCUGGUUGGCCCAGCCUUGAAUGCCCUUGCUUCUGGUUGCCCCUGGCCAUGCAUGCCCAUUAUAGCUGCCUUAUGGGCUCAGAAGGUAAAGCGCUGGAGCGACUUCCUUGUGUUUUCUGCUUCUAGUACCGUCUUCCACCACAAUGGCGACGCUGUAGUUCAGUUGCUGAGGAGUUGCUUCACAUCCACUCUCGGUUUCAGUCCCUCUCACAUUUCUAGCAAUGGAGGCAUUGGUGCCCUUCUAGGCCAUGGCUUUGGCUCCCACUUCUCUGGCGGGAUCUCUCCUGUUGCUCCUGGAAUUCUAUACUUGAGAGUGCAUCGAUCAGUUAGAGAUGUCCUGUUCAUGACGGAAAAUAUUCUCUCUAUUCUAAUGCAAUCUGUAAAAGAAAUUGCCAGCAGCGGGCUAACUAGAGACACAGUAGAGAAAUUGAAGAAGACAAAGUAUGGGAUGAGAUAUGGGCAAGUCUCUCUUGCUGCAGCAAUGAUGCGUGUCAAGCUUGCUGCUUCACUUGGAGCAUCUUUAGUUUGGAUCUCAGGUGGGUCGAAUUUGGUGCAAUCUUUAAUCAAAGAAACUUUACCGUCUUGGUUUAUAUCAAGCCAUGGGCCAGAGCAAGGAGGAGUAGGAGAAUCUGGAGAACUGGUGGCCUUGCUCGGGGGUUAUACACUUGCAUACUUUGCGGUGCUUUGUGGAACAUUUGCAUGGGGUGUCGACUCUGCAUCACCAGCAUCAAGACGGCGGGCAAAGGUCCUUGGGUCUCACUUGGAAUUUCUUGCCAGUGCAUUAGAUGGGAAAAUAUCGCUUGGUUGUGAUUGGGCCACUGCGCGAGCAUACAUAUCAGGGUUUCUGAGCUUGAUGAUAGCUUGCACACCGAAGUGGGUAGUUGAGAUCAAUGUUGAUUUAUUGAAGAGGCUGAGCAAGGGAUUGAAGAAACGAAACGAGGAAGAGCUGGCUCUGGCCCUGCUAGCGCUUGGUGGAGUUGGUGCGAUGGGUGCAGCUGCUGAACUUAUUAUUGAAAUUGGGUUCUGAUUCUUGCAAAACCAUGCAUAUACAUAGCCUUUUAACUGCCAAUUAGUGGUUUUGUAACUCUAGAAGAAAAUUUAACAUCUAAAGUUGGUAACUUCGUAGCUCAUGUAAAUUUGGAAUAGGAAUAGGCUGUAUAAGAGAUUAGGAUUUAUAUUUCUGCAGAAAUAGUUAAAAUGUAUUUCUUAAUUUGAUUUUGCCCGAUUGCUUAUUGUGUUCUUCUCUUGCUUGAAAUGUCCCCAGGUUGUGCCAUCAUUUGACACAGUUGAAGGCUCAAGCAACACAUACUUUCAUUUUUGUGCCUUGUGAAUGGAAAUUUCCUUUUUCUUUUUCUUUUUA